AAGUUGACCAAAUUACUACUACCAUUUGCCAUUAGCCAUUAGAUGAGAAAAUUCCUCUAAAGAAUGGAACGUGAACCACACUUGGGAGUUGGUGAGAGCGACCAAUGUUGAACAUGAGUCCAAAGAAGAUGUGAGGGAGUCCCCAAAGGGUUCAUUAUCUACCAAUAACUCACAGUUUGAAGCUACACCACACCUCGCCGAUCAAUUUUAUCCUUUGUGUUUUGAUCUUUUAAGAUAAAACACAGCAUCCCCACAUUUUCAAAAUAAAUCCCCUUUUUCAGUGGCUCUGCUGCUGCCACUGCUUUCAAAUCCUUACACACUGCCACAUCUUUAUAUAUAUCAAUUCUUUAUUUGUAUAUAUUGCCUUUCCCUGACAUGAAAAAGUCUCUGACACUUGCAACACAAUAAACUACACAUAAAAUCUGUGCCUGCCCUUUGCUCUGCACACCUCGGGAUAUCAGUUUCAACUCCACUCAUCCCACGGGUUACUCUCGUUUACGGAGUUUUUUUCUGUUCUGCACUUCCCUGUUUAGUUUUAAGGGUGAACUGUUUGGAUUUUCUGGUAAUUCAUGAUUUAUUGAGUUUAGGUCCUGAAUUUUACGGAUUCUUGGUUUUGGUGUAAGGUUGAGUACCGAGUCCAUAUAUUGGUAAGUUCAAGGAAGGAACUUGGGCAUCAUGGGUCUUAAGGCAUUAGACUAUGAGACAAUGAAUGAAAACGUGAAGAAAGUUCAAUAUGCAGUUAGAGGUGAGUUGUAUCUUCGAGCUUCUGAGCUUCAGAAGGAAGGGAAGAAGAUUAUUUUCACAAAUGUUGGCAAUCCUCAUGCUCUUGGACAGAAGCCACUGACUUUCCCUCGUCAGGUGGUUGCUUUGUGCCAAGCUCCAUUUCUGCUAGAUGAUCCUAAUGUAGGACUUAUAUUUCCCGCCGAUGCCAUUGCAAGAGCAAAACAUUAUCUUUCAUUGACUUCUGGUGGUCUAGGUGCAUAUAGUGAUUCCAGAGGUAUUCCAGGCGUUAGGAAGGAGGUUGCUGAAUUCAUUGAGAGGCGUGAUGGGUAUCCUAGUGACCCGGAGCUCAUAUUUCUCACUGACGGUGCCAGCAAAGGUGUGAUGCAGAUCUUGAAUUGUAUUAUCCGUGGUCAAGGGGAUGGGGUUUUGGUUCCUGUUCCACAGUAUCCACUUUACUCAGCUACAAUAUCUCUCUUUGGCGGUUCACUUGUUCCUUACUACCUAGAAGAGACUGCAAACUGGGGGCUGGACGUAAACAAUCUUCGUGAAUCAGUUGCACAGGCUCGCUUCAAAGGAAUAACUGUGAGAGCAAUGGUAAUUAUUAACCCUGGGAACCCUACUGGUCAGUGUCUCAGUGAAGCUAAUUUAAGAGAAAUAUUGAACUUCUGUUACCAAGAAAACUUGGUAUUACUUGGAGAUGAGGUUUACCAACAGAAUAUAUACCAGGAUGAGCGCCCCUUUAUCAGUUCUAGAAAGGUGUUGAUGGAUAUGGGGCCUCCAAUUAGCAAGGAAGUCCAGCUUGUUUCUUUCCACACUGUGUCUAAAGGAUAUUGGGGUGAAUGUGGGCAGCGAGGGGGAUACUUUGAGAUGACCAACAUUCCUCCAAAGACAGUUGACGAGAUAUACAAGAUUGCAUCAAUAUCCCUUAGUCCUAAUGUUCCCGCUCAGAUAUUUAUGGGAUUGAUGGUCAACCCACUCAAACCUGGAGAUGUUUCAUAUGAUCAAUAUGUUAGGGAAAGCAAGGGAAUCCUUGAAUCAUUGAGAAGAAGAGCAAGGAUAAUGACUGAUGGAUUUAACAGCUGCAAGAAUGUGGUUUGUAAUUUCACUGAAGGUGCCAUGUAUUCUUUUCCUCAAAUACACUUACCACCAAAAGCUAUAGAAGCUGCCAAACAGGCAGGAAAAGUCCCAGAUGUUUUCUACUGUCUCAAGUUGUUGGAGGCAACAGGCAUCUCCACUGUCCCCGGCUCCGGAUUCGGACAAAAAGAAGGGGUGUUCCACUUGAGGACUACAAUUCUACCUGCUGAGGAAGACAUGCCUGAAAUCAUGUCGAGUUUCAAGAAAUUCAACGACGAGUUCAUGGCUCAAUAUGAAGAUAACUGGAAUCAUUCAAGGAUGUGAAGCAUGUUUAGAAGUCCUUAAUACUGUAUUUAUCUAUUAACUAGCUAUGGCAAACCACUCUAUAAUACGUUGUAAAACUUUGUUCAUGUUCUCCUUGUCCUUGAGCUGUAAACUUAAAUCCUACUGAAGAUUUGCCUCUGCUUCUCUCUUUCCUUUUUCUCUAAUGACAUCUCUCAUGGAAUCUCUACUACUGAA